UUUUUUGCAAUUCUUUGCAUUCGUGUGAAAAAAGAAAACUCGUGUAGAUUUUAAUGCCCUUCUGUGUUUUGUUUUUAGAAUAUUCAUGCAAAAUUUCAAUUGCAAACAAAAACAUAUAUUAAAAUUGUUUAAUUAAACGUGUAAUGUUGCCUAAAACACCGAAAAGUAAUUUCUGGAAAUUCGUCAAAGGCAGUGCCAAGACACUUUUUGUUAUAGAAACCUUUUGCUUUGCAGCAUCAUACGGAGUUUAUUAUCGCAUGAAUACAAACCGUGAAUUUCGUGAAUAUAUUAACAAUAAUUUCCCCUUCGUAUUGAACUAUUAUUAUAAAGUUGGAGAAUUUCUGGGCGAUAGUAAUUUGAGAGAAGUCGAUGCUACUAUUUGGCGUACUCAGGAAAAGAAAGACUAAAAGCCUGAACUGAAAACUAAUUAAACGAAAACAAAAAACAUAACUUCAAAUUAAAGCGGCCUUGGCUAUGGUCUUAUGGUUUUAACUGCACCUUCAGAAGAAAAGUUAGCGAAAAUACGAGCAACUACUGGAGGCAUCCAUAUCACACAAGACGAGAAAAACAAAGUAUUAUUCCUUAAGAAAUUGCAAGAAGC